UUUUGUUGUUAUUCUAUAAAUUGCUGGAUGUUUCAAUAUUCUUCGCUCAUUAUUUCUGCUGCCGCCAGCAAUAAUUUAUAUAAAACAAAAAAUACAACGUAAUUGAAAACAAGUUAAUUCUUUGCUGACCUAUAUAUUGCGUGUACUGAUUUGGCAAUGCCAUUAGAUGUGGCUCAAUAGCUAAACGUGAAUAACUAACAGACAAAUAGAAGAAAAAAACAAAAAAAAAAGCAAUGGUAAAUUUGACCUUGUUGUUCCUGCUGCUGGCGCUCUGUGUGGCCAGCACAGUGCAGCGGAACUUGGAGCUAGGGGAAGAUGCAAACGUUCAGCAAAACUUGGUACAGGAUCUGCAAAUAGUGCACUAUCAGCCGGAGCAGGUGCAUCUGGCAUUUGGAGAGCGCACCGCCAGCGAAAUUGUUGUCACCUGGUCAACGCGCGGCCUGCCGCCCGAUACAGAAAGCAUUGUUGAAUAUGGACUGAACGAUCUUACGCAGCGUGCCGACGGCCGGGCCAUUAAGUUUGUGGAUGGCGGUCCCAAGCAGAUGACCCAAUAUAUACACAGGGUUACGCUUAGCCAGCUUAAACCAAACACCAGCUACGUCUAUCACUGCGGUAGCGCCUACGGCUGGUCAGCCAAAUAUCAAUUCCGUACAAUCGCCAGCGCCGAUGCCGACUGGUCGCCCUCGCUGGCCAUUUACGGCGACAUGGGCAAUGAGAACGCCCAGUCGCUGGCACGCCUGCAGCGGGAGACACAGCUGGGCAUGUACGAUGCGAUCAUCCAUGUGGGUGACUUUGCCUAUGACAUGAACUCAAAAGAUGCCCGGGUCGGGGAUGAGUUUAUGCGCCAAAUCGAAACGGUGGCCGCCUAUGUUCCGUACAUGGUCGUUCCGGGCAACCACGAGGAGAAGUUCAACUUUUCCAAUUAUCGGGCACGAUUCAGCAUGCCGGGCGGCACAGAGAAUCUCUUCUACAGCUUUGAUCUGGGCCCCGUGCACUUCAUUGGCAUCUCCACGGAGGUGUACUAUUUCCUCAACUAUGGCGUCAAGACGCUCGUCUUUCAGUACGAGUGGCUCAAGCGCGAUCUGGAGGCGGCCAACAUGCCGGAGAAUCGGGCCAAGCGGCCUUGGAUUAUCAUCUAUGGCCAUCGGCCGAUGUACUGCAGCAAUGAGAACGACAACGAUUGCACCCACUCAGAGACGCUGACACGUGUCGGUUGGCCAUUUGUGCAUAUGUUUGGACUGGAGCCGCUGCUGUACGAGUAUGGCGUCGAUGUGGCCAUCUGGGCGCACGAGCACUCAUACGAACGCCUCUGGCCCAUUUAUGACUACAAUGUGCGCAACGGUACACUGGGCUCACCCUAUGAGAAUCCACGUGCGCCGGUACACAUCAUAACCGGCUCGGCCGGCUGCAAGGAGGGACGUGAACCCUUCAAGGGCAAGAUACCCGAGUGGAGCGCAUUCCAUAGCCAGGACUACGGCUACACGCGUCUCAAGGCACACAAUCGCACCCAUUUGUACUUUGAGCAGGUGUCCGAUGAUCAGCAGGGCGCCAUUAUUGACAAGUUCUGGCUAAUUAAAUCGCAGCACGGCGCCUACAGUGAACUCUAAAUAGGCGAAGAUGCUAGAUCAAACAAAUAGACGGACGCACACACACACACACACACACACACACACACACAUUCACACACACAACUGUAGCAACUGGCAGUAUUAGCGCACAUUCUUUUAUAUAUUAUAUAGCUCAAUUUAACGCCUAUUUAUCACAUUUCUAUUGCCAAACAAAACCUUAAACACAACUGCAACUGCAACUGCAACUGUUGCCCAGUAUAAGCCCAGAACAAACUGUAUUUGAAUACUUAAAUUAGCCAAUUUUAAUUGCAUGUAUUUUAGGUUGACGUAUAUACAUCGUGUUGUAUAUGUUUAUUUAUAUAUCUGUUAAGAGGUCUAUCUAAUAAUGUCAAGAGUUUUUUUUUAUUUUAUCACUUUCUCAAAUCGAAUACUGUGUCUUCUCUUUGUCAAUAUAGAAAAACUAUAUUCUUGAAAUUGGAGUUCAAUGUUUCCCAGUAGCAGGAUUGCUUCGAAUAUAUAUUCUUUAUAUAUUCACCAAAGAUCUGCCUUCAAAAGAGUUUUUUCAAUAUAGGAAUUGUAUGCCUUUUAAUUAUCUUUUGUUCUUCAAUUUCUGAUAAGCUUACUGAAUGCGAUAGAGCCUUAUCUUUAGUAUUUUCAAUGUUGAAUUGAGCAAAGCAUGUAAACUAAGCUAAGUUGAAAUUGAAGUAUCCAACAUCUGUUUUAGCCCAAGGUCAUAGCAUCUAGUUCUGUUUUAAAGAUAGAAAGACGUUCUUCUUAGCCGCAUUUCCCCAAUAAUCAUACUUAAGAUCUGCAUUGAAGAAGCGCUAAGAACCGAAAAUAAUACCAAUUUUCUAGCAGAAGUUUUGGGUACAAAACGGUGUCCAGUAUCUAUUUUAAUUGUUCGACUACUUUCAUUUCCGAAACCCAAUUUAAAUGAUAAAUAAAAGCAUUUAUGGGCUGGUUUAAGCCGCAAUCAAAUGUUUUUUCAAAAUUAACUAACGAUUUCGUAAGAUCGUCUAUUGCAAUACGAUAAGCGACUAUCGAUCACCGAUAACUGAUAAUCGAUAAGACGUGUAGCGCGCAGUCUUGGUUUAGUUAAUAGCUGUAAUCGUGCAUAUAUCGACUGUGAAUAAUGGCAAAGUGUGCCGUGUGCGCUUC